AUGAUUACUUUAUUGAUAGCCAAUUUCGUUUUGCAAUAUGGUGAACCAAAGUUUGAUACCAAAUAGUUGAUGCAAAGUGAGGCUCAAAGAAUUUUCAAUCAAUAUUCUUAAAUUAUUAAAGAUGAGAAGAAACCCCAAGUUUUUGGAUUCAUAAACCAACAAACUAAUUCAUUCUUAAAACGAAUGGAAGAACAUCGUCAAAUACUAAAGUAGUAAAUAGAGCAGCAACUGAAGAUCAGUCAAGGUAACAUUCUUCUGCAAAAAGCGUUGCUUAGUUAUGAAUUAAAGAAAAUGAAUUGA